CAAGCAUCUGUUCGCUCCAAUCGAUUGAUGUAAACUGAGCGAAGCGGACCUUUGUGGGAGCAAUUGCGUUUCCGUGGCGCGGAGGUAGAUCUCUAUUAGUGAGUGUGGAGCCCGUUGAAUUUGUGGUGAAAGCGGAAUAAUACGGUCAUUUAAAUAGUAGGGAAACGGAAAUUACCGGGCACGUCUAAUUAAUCAGCUGUUUUAUGCUUAUUUGGCAACUCACGGAUUAGACUGUGCAUAGUCAAUAGCGUUUUAUAUGAAAAAAACCCCACACAAUUUUGACCUGGAUGCACGGAAUAUUAUGCGUUUUAUUUUCUCGUUGGACUGUAAAUUACGCACGGUCGAUAUUUUUUGCUAAUAUUUGGACGUCCACUUAUUCCUUUCGUCUUUUUAUGACUCAAUGAAAACUAUAUUUUGAAACUGACAUUUUUUUGUAGACCAUCCAGGAUUUAUUCGCCUUUAAAUGAGAUGCUCUCCCAUCGCCAAUGCCACAAAACUGCGUCUUUUUCUACGAACCAAGAGCUGUAAAGAAACGCAAGACCCCAUCUCUGUGAAUACUGCGAGUGCUGCAUCAUCUCAUUCAAUUUGCUGUCAGACAAGAGAGGGCAACAAUAACUUUGAACGGUUAUUGUGUCACAUUUCCUUCAGUCUCCGCAUCAUUUCCCACAGAUUCGAAGCGGGCAGCUGUUGCAACACACGCAGUGAAAAUCCAAGACUUGCAAAGGAAAACAGAAGCCAAGACGAAGAGCCAUCAGCCUGGAUGAAAACGACUGGAGUCCUGGCCAGGAAUACAAGUCGUCUUCUUUUCUAAAGCAGAUGAACUAGCACUGUCUUUGUGAACCAGGGGCUUUUUGAAAGGAUGUUGAUUUGCACAGAUUGAAGAUUUUCUCUUUGACUUUUUGCUACCAAAACCAGUGCCAAACACUAACCGUGCCAACCAGAAGCAAGAAAUUAUUUCACUAGUAUUUUUGCAGUUUUAUUUAAGCCAUUGAAACUCAAUUUCCACUGACAUUAGUUCACAAUUUUUACCUUACCUUCACUAUUAGUCUUUUUUUACUAUAAUAGCAUGUAACGGUUCCCAAGGUGGAAAGUUUAUAUGUGCAUCACUUGGUUUAAGUCAAAAACAACAAGCAGCUUUCACUCCCCAAAAUAGGGAAAACAGUACAUUAUUGGUUAAACAUGCUUUAUGUAAGAGUGGCCGUUACGAAUGCAUUAGCCUGAGAGAGUUUGGAUCCUGAUCGAUUGAUCGAUGGAUGGACGGGCUUAUGGAUGGCUGGCACAAGCCUCAUUAAACUUUCCAAAGUGAGCUGCUGCUAAUUCUGUUGAUUAGUCGUCCGUUCCUCUCACAAAGGCCCGUUGAACUCAUCCUCUCCAUCAGAUCUCUUUAGUCAUCCAUCUCGUUUGCUCCUCCCUCCUCUACAGACUCUGCACAUUUAGAGCAGAACCAUCAGAAGUCCCUGAAGGGUUUAGAUACUGAAGCCAUACGUCUCAUAGCCAUACUAACGUCAAGAUCCCUGCCAUCACUGCGAGGAUUCGGCUUGGUCAUUCGGGAAGAGCAGCUGCAUGGGUAUAUUCAGGAAUAUUUGUGUUCAUGUUCAACGGUGGUCCAGGUUUGAUGUUCCAUAAUCUGCCAUAUUCACCAGCGAGCCAUUGACGCGUUUACUGUGUUGACAGUGGGACGACGUUUGAAGUUGUCCCACUACUUGAAAAGACGCUCUUUAACAUUUAGGAUAGGUCUUUUGGUGCGUUUGCUUGACGAUCUCCACGUGUUCCACAUUGACGGAUGAAUCCUGACUUGUUCAUGCCUGUUCAGUGGGCUCAACCAUGCUGUCCUGCCAGAACUGGGCCCAAGCCCCCGUUUGUUUUAUUCUGUUGGGUUGAGCUAAAUCCAGAGCAGAGACACUCACGCAAGAGGGUCCAACACACAUAGACCCUCAAACUUUACCUAGACUCAGUCCAUCCUUCCAUUUUCUCUCUUCCUUUCCUGAACACUUCUUCCUUUCUGGCCUGACUUGUGUCAUCAAACCAGGAACUAAUAUAUACCUGCUGCUUGUUACACUUCGUGAGUGCCCUAACCGACCUACACUCUUCCAAAGCCUUCGUAAUGAGCCUUUGUCCCGUGGUGCCGCCUUUAGAGAAAAGAUCAGCUCUUUUCUGAACUCUUAAAAUUGCUCGCUCAUCGCUUCGUCCUACCUUUAUCUCUAGCCUCAAUGACUUCCUCCUGAAACUCGAAAAAAGAUGAAGUACUUAGUAUUUUUCUUGAGAACUGACAAUGUUAGCCUGAUUAUGUGGACUGCACAACAGAACCUCAAUGACCUUGAAAGGUAUUCUUGUUAGUCUCACAAGACAUUCUCAUUGACGAUUAAAGCCUAAAGCGGCAACCAACUGAGAUUUGUUUACAAGACGACAUUAGUUCUUGGAGCUGACGAUGACAAUUGUUUACAAGUCACACGGAAUAGCUGAGCACUAGUAACUGUUUCUUUCUAUACAGUUGUUUAGUGAGUCGAACUGAAGUGCCAACCAGAAUAGAAAACAUUUGGUUUACACUCGAACAGAAAUGUUUACACGUUGCCCAUAAGGUGAACUCCGAUUGAGUCUUGAAUGAAUUGUUAGUGCCAUAGAUCAGUUCAGUUACACAGACUUAAACAAAACCACCUUUAAGAAGAAGCUGUUCCCAUGACUUUGUGACACUUUAAAAGGUUUACAUUGGUAAAAUAUACAUUUUGUUUACAGGACUAAAUUGCUUGCAACAAAAGACUCAAAUAUUUGUUCAUUACAUCUUGCAUUUGAGUCAUUUCCAUAUUUUUAAAGCUGUUGUUUUAUACAAUUUGCUAAUUGAGAAGAUUCCAAAUAUUUAAUUUUGUGCCAAAUCAAAAUUUUCAAACAUUCCAGCUCUCACCCAUUACGCAUAAAACUUUUAUAUAGAUUUACCUCAUUCUAGUUAAUAAUUUCCUCAGAAAUAUGUUUACACCUUAACUGAGAGUCUCUUGCUUAUUUUCUUUAACCCGAGCUCCCGCACUUGGAUGUGCAUUUUGCAUAUGAAAUUAUUUGCAUACUAGUGUAUGCACAUGUGAAAGAGAGAUUAACUUGUCUACAUGUCUUAUAUAUUGCCACACUGACAGCUUUUUGUAGUCCUCUGAAGUCUUUUGUACGAAGGCUUCACAUUUUUUUCAUCUUUGAUAAAAUAAACGCCCAUUGUAUGAAGAUGCCACCCGCUGCCAUCUUGCUUUUCUUCCUGUUUGGCCCUGUGGUCUCCACAGUGACUAUUACCUCGGAACGCUCCUCCAUGAAUGGGGGUCCGGUGCUGCUUCUGUUGCGAGGACGCAGCCGCAAGUUCCCUCAGCCCGAUGUGAGGGGCAAGGAGGCAGCAGCCAUGGCGGCAGAGCCAGAGGCAGCCGAGGUCCCUCCGAGACCCCUGCCGCAGAUUAUGCUACCCCGCAAUGUGACGGCCGAUGCCCUGAAGCCCCCGCUGGGCGCCGCGCAGGUGGCCCCUCCUCCUCGGCGCCUGGUGGAUGUGGACGUGUGUCAGGGCUACUACGAUGUGAUGGGACAGUUCGACAACACUUUCAACUGCACCAAGGGCACCUACAUCUACUGCUGCGGAACCUGUCAUUAUCGCUUCUGCUGCGAGCACCAGCGCAGCCGUCUAGACCAAGACUCCUGCACUAAUUACCCUGGGAAACACAGUUUUGGCCAGACUGGGUCCAGUCCUAAACACACAGCUACUAUCGAGCGAGUUCCACGCAUGAACAACACCCAGCUGGCCUCAACAGGAACACUGCUGUCCAGCAAGCACAAUAAUUCUGGCUAUCACCCCUCCUUCUCUCACUCCUUCCACAACCUUGCCCAGCUACCUCCAUCAUACGAGACCGUCAUGAAACCAGAGCUCAACCGCUACAGCUCCCUCAAGAGACUAGAGAAAAACAUGGAUGAAUAUUCUGGAUAUUACACCUCCAAGCGAAGGCCAGAUAAUGCUCCUCCCAGCUUUCACUCCUCCCAGCACCACCUUCCCUGGGGUGGUGACUUCACACUGGGUGCCCGGGGUACCCUCCCGCUAAACACGUCCUGCACUCGCAUCUACGUGCCCACUUCCACCCCCAACCCCUAUCCUCUACCCCAGACUCCGUACAACCCCACGUUUGACACGAUGAGUAAACCACCUCGCCGGGUGAUGUCCCAAGACCAGCUUCUGACGCUGGGGGAGGGGAACACUCUCUCACACCUCUCCAAGAACCAGCAGCAUCAGUACUACAAACACAUGACCACCAGCAAGAGCUCCAACACCCAGACUUUACGCAAGUCUCAUGAACGCCUCCUGGUCUCUCCAGACCGCCUGGAGGAGCGAAUGAUGGGUGAUUACGGCGGGAUGGGGCCCACCAUGUCUCGUCUCACGCACCACCAGAAAGCGCAAUCCCAGCAGAACGUGUGCGUGACGCCCUCGCUCGACCGCCAUCACAUGAUCAAAAUGAAUUCGCACCCUACCUCCGGCCGUGAGCAAGACCACACGGUCGCCACCAUGUCCUCCGGCCACGGGGCCGGGUCUUUGGGAUGGGGGGAGGUCCACGGCUCCGGAGGAGGACCCGGAGCAAUGGCGCACAGUGCUCGCCGGAUGGCCUUCGCCACGAAACGCCAGAACACCAUCGAACAGCUGCAUUUCCUUCCUGGAGGAGGUGCAGGGGGUGGAGGUCAGGCACUGAGGACGGGGAGCAAGAAUGAAGUAACCGUGUGAGCGCAAAAAGAAAGAUGGUAAGGAGACGAUGGAUAGAUGAGGUGUGAUUGCGCAAGCCAAAGGGAGGGAAGACGGUGGAGUGUAAAGAAGGCUGAAGAUUAGAAAGGAGGAAGGAAAUAAGAAAGGGGUCAGAAAUCAGGCCCAAAUGAAUGGAAUACACCGUGUAUUGCUAUUGAGAGAAAGAGGGAUGUAAAAACCAUAGUAGAAGUGAUUCUGUUGAUCCCUAAAUUGCCAAAUUCUCCAUAAAUAGAAAUGUGAAGAAGGAAGGGCCCAGGUCUCCUCUGACCUGGGAGUAGCAUAUAGUGUCUCGAUGGCACUAUUUAGACAUGAUCUGAGGAGAUGCAAAAAGGAAAAGUUUCAUUACUAGAAUAGGCCGUUUUCUCUAUUUAGUACAUUCGAGCUGAUGUAAAAGCCAAUUGGUUUAGGGGUUAAUGUAUUUUUCCUGAAUCCAAUGAUACAGUUGGCCUUGCCUCCAAAUGUUUGGUUUCAUUCAAUGCAAAGUGUUAUUCUCAAAGAGGUGCGUCACAAUCAUCAAUAAAAUAAGCGAACAAUGAGAUAAACUGUAUGAAACUGACAUGUGUCCAAUAGUACACUGAAUUACCUCACGGAAACUAUGAUUUGACCUGUCUCAAAUCAGAUCUGCCUUGACUUGGGAAUGGAUUAUUGUGCACGUUAAGCAGUUUGCCAUCAAGUGAAGAAAACACUGGUAAUUCGUCAGAGAGAAGAACUUGAGAACUUGAAAAAUGUCACUCGUUUUGUGACCUGACUCUUUAGUCUGCACUGUUAAUAUUAGUCCAAAUGCCAUCAGCCAUAUUAGAGCUUAUUCAAAUGGAGUAUAAUGGAGGAAAACAUUGGGAGACGGGUGUUAUACUGAUGAUCAGAGAUUUUUAGCCACUUAUAUUGAGACUGUGAAUCAAAACUGACAUGAAUACUUGUCAGUUUGAUUUUUUUGCAUUGUGGAUACAAUUUUGGCUGUUUUAUAAUAUGAUGAGAAGACUGUCGGAUUCAUUGAUGGGGAAAUCAAGUCUGAACUAAAAAUGCUUGAGCAGACAGACAUUUGGAAAAUGAAUUCAGCCAUUAAAAUGUGAUAGAAGUCAUGCCGCCUUCUUGCAUGUUUGACCAAUCAGAGAACAGCUUCGUAUGACGUCCUGGAGUCAUUACGGUUGUUCUGUUAUUUAUAAGCAUUAAGAGCUGAGAUUUAAUCAUGGGCAUGCAGUAAUGUCAAAUAAGACAGCAUACUCUUCAAACUUAAUUUGUUACUCAAGCUGUUGUAUUGGGGGGGAAAGGGGAAAGGGUUGGUUAUACAAUGGACAAUUUAAUCCAAGGGCUAUUCUGAAACUUCUUCAUUUGUGUCUGUGCUUCCGUGUUCUGACGGCUUUUUAUCUUUUCCCGUGACACGGCUGUGCGGAACAUAGAGGCUACGUGCCAAUGAGUGUACAAAACAGAAAAAUAGAACAAAAUCUGCAAAGCUACUUCAAACACUCUGUGUCACUCUAGGAUGCAUUAUUAUCUAACCAAUGAGUUAGGAUUUAGGAUUAAAAAGUGUCUUGUUUAUCUAUACUAUAUUCAAGAAAAAUUUCUUUUUUGUUAGCAAUUUCAGUUUUUUUCAGCUGUCUCCACAUCAAAUGGACACUGUUGUGGUGGAAUGUCUGAGAACGACCUGGCUGAGCAAGAUUAUUGGGCCAUAAUAUAGUAUUUUAGAUCACUCUGCAAUGUUUAAGCUUUUAUUAACUUUAACUCAAUUUAAAGGCGUUGAAAAAAAGGUAAAAAAAAUUUGAAUUAAAUCCCGAAUGUUCAAAUAUGUACACAUGCCAAUUUAUGUGCAU